AUGGCGCUAAUAAAUGCUUAUCGAAGACGCAUAAAGCGAGUAAAUUCGCAGCCAUUAAACGAGCAUAAAAGUCGAGGCGACCGACACCCCCAGCCGACAGACCGAGAGGCUACCCCAACAAAUCAAAGUACAAGCCCCAAACAACCCACUCCGCCUCACCCCUCCUGCUGCUCUGCCGUCACUUUUCCCUCCAAUGAAAUAAAAACAGACAACAAUGAAACCCAAAGUGGCUCCCAGGCGAUUUCAAUGCGGGCAUUUGUUGUGGAUCUGUCCGCUUGUAGAGAUGUUUAUCCUUGCAAUUACUAUAAACUAAUCAACCGCUUUACCGCGCUUCCGCACUGCCACCCACAUUCCACUCCCAACUUCCACACCCCUCUGCUCCACGCCACCACCAUGAACGACACUCUGGAAAACCGCAACUUCCCGAAUUGA